GAAAGCGACAACAAUGUUACGAGGUGAUGUCAAGGUUUAGUGAUCCACGAAGCUCCCUGUCAUGUGAAUGAUAUGGAUGCACUGGUGGAAAGGUUUGACAGCUUGGGUAACCUGCAGCAACUACAAGAUUUCAUUAAAUGGAUUGGAGAUUCUUUGCCUUAUGAUAGAUAGAAUGGGAGAAGAGUUUAAACCCCAUGUUACUACAGUUUUGACAGCAUGUAUUGAUAGGCUUGGUGACUCCAAAGAGCAAGUGCGAGAACAAGCCCAACAGUUACUGUUGAAACUCAUGAUGCCAGCAUCAACCCCACAGUAUGUGUUUGAGAGGAUAAUGGGGACAUUUAACCACAAACUGUUUCAUGUCAGAGAAGGUGUAUUGCUUUGUUUACAGAAUACAAUCAAUAGGUAUGGGGCAAGAUGUUUACAAUUGUCAAAAAUUGUGCCGUCAAUCUGUAAACUCCUUGAGGAUCAGACACCACAGGUGCGUGAGGCAGCUUUGAAUACAUUAGCAGAGAUAUACAGACACGUUGGUGAGAAAGUACGAAAUGAUCUUACAAAGCGAUCAAGUAUUGCUCCACAGAGAUUAAAUCAAGUUUAUGCCAAAUUUGAUGAAGUUAAGACGUCAGGAAACAUGUUGGCCACAGCAGACCUUGGUGAGUUCAAAAUUUACCAAAUCUUUUUAUGUUUUUGACAGUAAUCCACAA